AUGGUUAAGGUUGGAGUAGAAAUCGACUUGCUCAAACCUCAACCAGAAGCUGUUUAUGUUGGCUUAAUUCAUGAGAAUUUCACGCAGACAGGAUUUAUGCAGAAACUUGAGUAUAAGGGGAUCCCUAAGUAUUGCAAACAUUGUAGAAAACUUGGUCAUGCCAUAGCUAAUUGUAGAGUAUUGGAAAGGAAAAGGGCGGUAGAGCAACAGAAACUCGAAGAACAAAAUAGAGAAAAAGACAAUGUUGAGCAUCCUAAUGCUGAAAGGCAGAAUGAACAAGGUAGAACACCAGAAAUGGACAGCGUGGAUAACGAUGAUGAGAAAAAUUUGAAAAAAUCUGAGGGAAAAAAAGAUGAUAGCAAUAAAAUUGGUAAAAGGGCCAUGAAAAAUCACAUGAAAGCUGUCUCCAAUGUGAAAGCUCUAGAGGAAACAAUCAAGCCUCCCAUAAAUCCAAAUGACAAUAGAGAAGACGAUCUAAAUCGCGACAACAAGGAAGAAGUAGGACAAAGUGAAUCACCAGUACAACAAGGAGAAAUAGAGAAGGACAGAGGAAGACAAAAUGAUAGCCCAUACGACUUGAGCAGUUUCGAUAAAGAAAAGGGGCAUCUCUCAAAGAAGACUGAAGAAAGCUCUAAUCAGAAUUUACAAAAACGAACACCAGUGGACACAAUCCAUAAACUAUCAGAGGAAGUUUCAUUUAUCAUUAAAAAUAUAUCGGGAUUAAACUUGGUUAUUGAUGUUAAUCAAGGCAUUCAAAAACCAGCCACCAUAAAAAAAAAAGAGAAUGAAAUUGAUCCUUAA